AUGGAAGUCAAUGGUGAACAAGAUAUAGCUGGUAUUUUAAGCGCGGCUUUAAUGCCAUUGAAAGAUAUGAAACAUGCAGAUAUUUUGGACCAGUAUGAAAUGAACAUGGCUGAUGGAAAUAUAACACCUGACGUUCUAGAACAUUUAUCUCAAAGAACUACACAGAACCAUAGAGAUGGUAUAUUUGGUGAAGAGUUUAGAAAGAAAGUUAGGGAGGGAGAAGGAAGAGAACCUAUUGUACAUGACCUUGCAAACGAAAGUUUGCAAAAUGUCAUAAAAACUUACUUUGCAGACAAUGAAAUGAGAAGGGAUGAAUAUUUAAGAAAACUCAAAUGGACAGUACCAAAUGAAAUGUUAGUAUUGAAAAACAUGUUCCUUGACAAAAUAAAACCAACUACAGAAAUAAACGACGCAAGACUGAAAGAUUGGGUAAAAGCUUUCCCAUUCACAAAAGAUAUAGUUGGUAACAUGGAAAGAAAACCAGAAUGGCUACAAAAACAUAUAUUUGGAAACGAGCAUAUUCCAUAUGGACAGGCACUGUUUGAAGAGCUUGAACCGGAAACUCAGGAAAGAGUCAUGCAAACAAUACGCGAAGACUCAAAUACAGACUAUGACAAACUCUUUCUAGGAUAUAGGUUACCUGAGAUGGGCGACCAGAGCCAAAAAGGCAAAAAGGACAUGGGAAAUUUGCAACAUACUAGAUGA